AUGAUUAUUUCCACGUGGUUGGCGUAUAUCCUGGCCCGCGAAGGCACGGGCGCUCCCUUCCCCGUCGAGAGCGCCCAGGACAUCCCGGUGGUGGAGAUGGAGACGCUCUCGGUGCUUGAGCACUGGCUGCGCAAGGACGAGCACACCUCCGACGUGAACUCCCUGGGGCCAUCGCCCAGCCAGUCUUUCAUGGAUGACAGGACAAAGAUCCAGUUCCUGAGAUGGAGCCAGACUCGGGUCUACCGCGUGUCGAGCAGCAUCCGGGACGAGGCGAUGCAGGAGAGGCUGGACAAGAUCCGGAACAGCGUGUCCCAGGUCAUGCUCCAGGCCAUGCGGGACAGCGUGUCGGACACCGACAUGCGGGCCAUGCUCUCGAGCGAGGGCUAG